AUGAAUCAGCAGCACAGAGGGCAACCCAAGACAGAGAACACACAAGAGCCAGAAAGCGCGCCCGCGCAAGAAGACGAAGACACGCCGCAAAUACAGAAGAAGCAGACAAGUCAAACGGCAAACCAACAACGAAUACACGAACAGCACAACCAACAAGGGCCAGAUGCGCCACUACCAGCACCCCCGCCAGCACCAGCGCCAGCAGACGCAACUGACGUCGGCGUCAAACUGGCUGCACAGCUGCUGGGAACGAGCACAGCCAUCGUGGUUGCCGCGGGCGCUGGCAUGAGCCUCGAUUCCGGGCUGCCGGACUACAGGAGCCCAGCAGAGUGGACCGCGGCGUUCCCGGAACUGGCUGCGCGGCAACUCCGAUACGAGGACAUGGCCAAGGCAGCGCACUUCGACGACAGCCCGCGCGUGGUCUGGGCGUGGUACAAGCACCGCUACGACACGUACCAGGCCGCACAGCCGCACGCCGGGUACGCCGUCCUCAAGCGAUGGUGCGAUGGUGCGCGGGAUGGCUACCGCGUCUUCACCAGCAACGUCGACGGCUUCUUCCAGCGUGCCGGCUUCCCGCGCUCAAGCGUGGUCGAGUGCCACGGGUCCAUGGCCCGGCUGCAGUGUACAAGUGGCAAGCACGGCAUCUGGAAGAGCGACGCCGCUUUCCGCAAGCUCAGCGUGGAUCCACAGGACCCGUGCACGCUGGCUGCUGGCGUGGAGGUCCCGCGCUGCCGCACGUUUGGCUGCCAGCGACACGCGCGACCAAACAUCCUCCUGUUCAAGGACACGGCGUGGGAGGGGACGGCGGCGACAGCGCACCGAGGCCGAUACGGCGCGUGGCUCGACGCGCUCCCCGACGACAGCACACUGGCGAUAUUGGAGGUUGGCGCGGGAAACCUCGUACCGACGGUGCGGCUGGAGGUGGAGCGGGUGGUGGCGUCGCGGCUGGCACGACAACAGCGCACGCACGUGAUCCGCAUCAACCCGGGUCGCGAUGUGCAGGACCCGAGCGUGCAGUGGCCGGGGCAACACGUGGUCAUCAGGGGGAAGGCCUUCGAUAUCCUCACCAGCAUCGACGCCGCAAUGGCAAUGGAAACCGCAUGA